UUCACCCUAAUACAGAAGCUUCAACUACAUAAAAGUCUGUGCCACGCGAGUAUUGAUCGGUGCAAGCAAGAACUAACGUGAAGUCUUACUGUAAGAACAAAAAUAUUAUCUAAACAUGGAAAAGAAGCAAAUUAUCAACUUUGGUCCUGGACCUGCAAAGCUUCCGCAGUCGGUGUUGUUACGGGCUCAACAGGAGCUUGUGGACUAUAAUGGACUUGGGAUCAGUGUUCUGGAAAUGAGUCAUCGGUCAUCAGAUUUCAACAAAAUUAUGACCAAAACUGAAACUCUAUUGAGAGACUUACUAAAUAUUCCCGACAACUACAAGGUGAUGUUUCUUCAAGGGGGCGGGUCUGGCCAGUUUAGUGGUGUUCCGCUCAACCUGAUUGGUCUGAAGGAGGACAGGUGUGCUGACUACAUUGUGACGGGUACCUGGUCAUCCAGAGCUGCCAAGGAGGCUGAGAAGUACGGGAAAGUGAACGUGAUUCACCCCAAACUGGACAGCUACACUAAGAUCCCAGACCCGAGCAGCUGGACUCUGAACUCCUCGGCCUCGUACGUGUACUACUGCUGCAACGAGACGGUGCACGGUGUGGAGUACAACUUCCUCCCGGACGCCCGCGGCGCCGUGCUGGUCAGCGACAUGUCCUCCAACUUCCUGUCCCGUCCCGUCGACGUGUCCAAGUACGGGCUGAUCUACGCAGGAGCCCAGAAGAAUGUAGGGUGUGCUGGGGUUACCGUGGUGAUCGUUCGAGAGGACCUGUUGGGCCACGCCCUGAACGAGUGUCCCAUCAUCCUAGACUACAAGGUGCAGGCUGGAAACAACUCUCUCUACAACACCCCCCCCUGCUUCAGUAUCUACAUCAUGAGUCUGGUUCUGGAGUGGAUCAAGAACAACGGGGGCACGGCUGCCAUGGAAACGCUGAACAAGCAGAAGUCCUCCCUGAUCUACGACAUCAUCAACUCCUCUGCAGGCUUCUACUCGUGUCCUGUCGACGAAGCCUGCAGGAGCCGUAUGAAUGUGCCGUUCCGCGUGGGCCCGGACGGAGAUGAAACACUGGAGGCCCAGUUUUUGGACGGCGCGUCUAAACGAGGGAUGAUCUCCCUGAAAGGACACAGGUCAGUUGGGGGGAUGCGUGCGUCUCUCUACAACGCCGUAACUGUGGAGGACACACAAGCUCUGGCGAAUUACAUGAAGGAAUUCCUCAAGGAGCAUCAAUAAAACAAGAUUGUAGAGAAACCACUUAAGCAUUAUGUCAGUAGUUUGAGAUCCAUGAUAUGGAUCUAAAGGCUGCAAAGCGCACAUUUUAGAAGGUUCUAGACAAUUAUAGCCUUGACUGUAAUGCCUUAACUACUUUUAUAUUUUGUCAUUGUUAACUCCAGGUUUAAACAAGCAGGUAGUAAAAUUCAGUGCUGUGAUAUUUGUUGAGGAUAAAUAUUUGUUUUAUCUGUCUUAAGUUUAAUACACUACAUUAAACCCACUCGACUG